AGUCUCACACACAAAAAAGGCGACCCGCUUCCUAAUCCGGCAAUCCCCCACCCCCUCCUUCUCCCACAAUCCCCAAAACCCAAAAAGCUUCCUUUUUCCCUCCCUCCCUUUUCCCUCUCUGCAACUCACCUCCUCAUAAUCCCCAACUCUCUCUCUCUCUCUCUCUCUCUCUCUCUCCCUCUAGUUUCUACACCAGUACUACCACUAGUACUAGUAGCCAUGGCCGAGAGCCAACCAGAAGCUGACUCAGAGGACCUGAAGAAGCUCAUGUGCUCCUACCUGGGUCUGGGCCUGAGCAUGUUCCUCGCCCUAGCCCCCCACAAGUUCCUCGAGCUCCACCUCCACGUCCGCGACCUCUCCAACCGUCUCCGCCAGGCGGAGGAGCAGGUCCGCCAGAUGAGAUCGAGGAGGAAGGAGGACUCCAAGGCCAACGCCAGAGUCGUCGACAUCUUCGCCAGCCACCGCAACGCGUGGCAGGCCGAGGAGAAGCGGCUGCUGAGCCAGAUCGACGCGGCGGAGCGCGAGAUGGCCAGCUUGAGCGCCAGGGUGGAGGAGCUGGAGAAGACGAGGGAGGACUCCGAGUCGAGGAUUUGUGAGCUGGAGAGGGAGGUAGGGGAGAGAGAUGAUAUGAUUGGGUUCAUGGCGAGCAGAGGCGGCGGCGGCGCGGCGGAGCAGUGUCAGCAGGUGAAAGAGGUUAAUGUUUAUGACAAUGCAUAUGCCUUUGGUUUCGACUCCGAAUUGGUCGCCGAGGCUUCCAAGCUCUGGCAGGAUGUACAGUAUGAGUCCCUUGAACCAUUGUAUCAUACAAAGCAGUUUGUGCCAAGGGAGUCCCCAUGGAAGGUUGAUGGUGAAUCAACUGGAGUAUCAUCUAAACUUAAAGUACUUGAACAGGACCUACUGAAUUUGGAAAAUAUUUUGAAGGGUGAUAUUUCUAAGGUACCUUCAUUAAUGAGGAAGCAGACAAAGAGGUAUCAAGCUCUUGCGGGAAAAAUAGAUGAUCUAUGUCGAAGAAUGCAGGCUAGUGAUCCCUGUGAAGCCACAGUCAGUCCUGAGUUUCGAACUCAAAGACAAACAGAAUUUUUACUUGAAUCAUUCAGACUUCAGCAACGUGUAACAGACACCGCACAGAAGCUGAUGGCAGUGCAAACUGAGAUCGGAAAAAGUUAUUAUGGGGAUGAGCUGGGGAACCAGGCCAAAUUUAUGAUGAGACGGUCUUUGGACUCCAUUAGAAACAAUUUCAGAGAACUUCAAAGGAAUUUAGAGAUAUGGUUGGCCAGAAUUACUGGAGAUCUUGAGGGAAUUCUUGCCCGAGAUGGUGCUUCUCGUGUAAGGGAGUAUUAUGUAUCUAGAUAUCCUUUUGUUCAAUAACUUGGCAUGACUUGAACUCAGAAUCCUUCACCAAAUUAGUUAGCUCCUGUAUGUAUCCUGAUCCAAGCCAUAAGUAAGGUGGUUAGAUGUCCUCGUGCAAAAAUAAUAUCGUUGCACUUUGUUUAUGGUAGCAUUUGAUCAUCUUGUCCUAGUCCAUGAUCAUUUUCGCUCUAUUUUCUCUAGAUUUAUCUUCCCAGAAUCGCCAACAAUCGAAAGCAGUU